AUGUUUUCUAGAACAGCACGGCUCAUCUUUUCACGCCGAGCGCAUAGCAAAGCGCCCAAAAAGUUGGUCGGGAAAUGGUACUACAACACCGAUUCCCCGAUCUCUAAACCCGACUGGUACGAGUAUGCCUCUGAGUCCAGUCUGGAGAAAUUCAUUCCCUUCUCUAAAUACGAUAACCAUAGACUAGAAAAAGCAUAUGCUGCUGAAAAGAGUACAAUUGAUGUCAAAGAAGACAGGCUAUACCAAGUCGAAUUUGACUCCAUGCAAUUGAGCCCAGUGUAUUGGCCAGGUCCUGUUUAUGAGGUCAGAAGAGGAACAUGGUUCGCAAGAGACGGAACGCCAUUGGAUGCAAAACUUACAGAAAAACUAGAACAGAGCUACAGGAAAAUCCGUCCUUUUAAGUUCGAAGAGGAGUCGGAUCUGCUCGAGAACGUUUCGCGAGACUUGACUACCAAGUUCAACCAGGAGCUCAAGAGUCUAGGCAACGAAGAGCCGGUGGACAUUGAAGAGGAGAAAGAUGUGGCGGACUUGGGGGAGGGAAAAGCGGUAAUUUUUUUUGAUGAGAAGUAUGGAGCGAUAUUCCCGAAGAAUAUCUCUUCUUUUCAGGUAAACAUGAUUAGAUCUAUACAGCCUUCUUAUGGCACUCUUAUGUCUGUGACGCCGAUUCAGCGUGGGUAUACAGAGGGAUUGGAUAGCUCUGUGGUAGAAAGUGUGAAAUCGGCCAAAGUUUCUUCAUUGACUCAAAUUUUGCAGAAUGAGGUUGCUACUUUUUUCUCCAAAAGCACCGAUAACGAUGCCUCUUCUCGUGCAGACACUGACGAAGACAAGAGUCAUAUUCUCAAGAAUGUCAUGGAAGCCGAUUCUAAAGAAGACUUAUCAGCCCUCAAUUCUAAGAGAAACAUCAAACACUUGGUUUUUUGCGUCCACGGAAUAGGCCAGCUUCUUGGAGGAAAGUAUGAGUCUGUCAACUUCACUCACAGCAUCAAUGUGAUGAGGUCAACGAUGCGUGAAGUUUUCACACAUGAAGCGAAAUAUCAGCAAUUGGCUUACGGUGAUCAAUAUGACAAGAAAUCCGAAGAGCAGAAGAUCAACAACACAAUUCAAGUCCUUCCAAUAUCAUGGAGACAUCAAGUCCUGUUUCAUCCUCAAAAGGCCUUGGAAGGAAAAAAGAAACAGUUGCCAAGUUUAAACCAGCUUAAUAUUGACGGGGUGCGCCCACUACGUAACGUGAUUGGUGAUGUUGCGUUGGAUGUGUUGCUCUUCUAUGAACCAGAGUACCUCCGCCAGAUAUUGAAAGCAGUGUCAUCUGAAAUCAACAGAGUUUACAAACUUUUCAAAACGCAAAAUCCAGACUUCGAUGGCAAGGUUCAUUUAUUUGGCCACUCUCUCGGCUCGGCCAUUUGUUUCGACUUGCUCUCUCAGCAAAAGCCUGACAAGUCUAGCAAAUAUAAUUUGGAUUUUGAUGUUGAAAACUUCUUUUGUGUUGGUCUGCCUGUGGGAAUGUUCAAGGUCCUUCAGCAAAAAACAAUUGAGCCCAGAGUCGAUCAAAACACCGAAGAAAUUAGCCUUGAUUCCGACUUCGCAGCACCAAAGUGUAAAAAUCUCUACAAUGUCUUUCAUCCAUGUGAUCCAAUCAGUUAUCGCUUGGAACCUCUCAUUGAUCUUGAAUUUGCAAAAGUAAAACCAGAGGAGGUUCCUUUUGCACUCCAAGGAUUCAAUACGCAAGUACAGAAUCUUACUUCCUUAAGUGAUGACAUACAAGACAAAAUUCUACUGGCCUCUAGUUGGUUUAGCAACGACAACCCAGAUAAGCUCUCGUCUGGCACGAAGAAGAAGAAACGCCCUGUAGAGGAAGAAAAUGCCUUGGGAGACAUCAUUUCUACUUUGACGAGUAGUAAGGUCCAGAAGACUUCUACAAAAAAGAAUAAGAUCGUGGAAUACAACGAGGAGCAAUUAAAGAAGAUGAUAAAAAUGAACAGGACCGGCAGAGUAGACUAUAGUCUCCCGAUGGGAGUGUUCAGCAUUGCCAUUGUAUCUGCACUUAGUGCACACAUAUCCUACUUUGAAGACCAAGAGACGGUCGGGUUCGUGAUGAAAGAAAUCCUCAGCUCGGACGAACCGCCAGUCACAAAGAGGAAAGUGACCUCGUUCAAAUGA